AUGAAAAUUCUCUAUCUUUUAUUUGCAUCGAUUCACAUUUGUGUUUCCGAGCUAUUGUCAAGCAUUCCAACACAUUUACUGGAAUGUUACCGAGGCGGAGGGCCAGCGCCGGGAGCGCCCAAACGGUUGGACGUCUUUCUGAACUUAGUCAGACGUCUGGAACUAGAGAGUCGUCUGGAUUUACGGUUAUUCAGCACAUCACUAUUGAGAAGUUUACGAUUAGACGGCAUCGAAAGAGCGGCGAAUGUGUUCGAAUCGGAGUUCCUGCUGCCGUACCGGGCGUCGGCCUUCCAGUUCCACAAGUAUAAAAUGCUCAUGGACUUAUUUCUGCCCAGCCAAGACCUGAUAGUCGCGGACGAGACGUUGUCUCUAGAAGAAAAAUGUUUGCUGCACAAGGUUCUGAGUUCUUCGGUUCGGCCGUGGGAGAGGGGCGACGAGAACAUCGUGUGCCCCCUCUCGGCAGAGAGGAGGCAACAUAUGGCUUCGACCAGUGCAAGUAGACUGUACAGCAGGUGCCCCAUCGAAGACGGCGUUAUUCAGAGUCCUUGGGGAGCUAUUGCGCCGGGCACCGUAGUUGCAGCCAUCGCUGCUUCCUUAGAAACUCAACAAGUAUUUGUUACUGACAUACUACAAACUAACUUGUUCCAAGAAGAGAUACCGACGACGAUUCUCGAUAUGGCUCUCAGAGAAUGGGACUCCAAGCUGGAGAGACUAGAGCUGAACGAAAAUGGAACCGAUUCCGACAUAAGCAACGUUUGGGUCGCUACUUUAGCCGGUGACCUUGCAGAGGUAGUGGUAAAUCUUGGCGUCAGAGUGGGCGCUGCACCGCAACGGAUGACCAUAGGUUCGAUUAACAAGUGGAACGACACGCUGCUCCCGAGAGACUAUUACUUGCUCAUGCCGAAUGCGACUUCGGCCGAUUGGCAUAUGACGGACGCCGAAAUUUUGGCGGGAAUCGACGGAUUAAUUUUAGCGCAGCACGUGCCGUCGUGGGUGGCACAACGCAGAACGCUACGUCUGUCGCAAAUUGUCGAGAUGUACUACUCCAAUGAGGGGGUCUCGUUCGACCCCAACGUGCGCGCUUGCAACAGACACGUCUUGUUCUCCGAAGUAGUCACGAGGGAGGUGUUGUUCAGGGAGACGUCUCGACUCGCCCACGUGCUGGCCUUGAGGCAGGUCACCGUUUACAUUCCGCUCGAGGAAAUGAACAGGAUCUCGGACGCGGCCGUCUCCGCCUUCAUGGACUAUGUUCCUUCAGUACUGAAGCAGUACCACGUAGAUUGCGUUGCCAGCAGAAACAUUCCCACUAUGGACCUGAUCGUUGCAACCGACAGUUCCUGGGAUGGAUACCGAGUUCAACAGUUCUUGUCGUGGAUCGGAGGCAGCCUCGAGAUAAAUAUGCAGAAGAGUAGCGUAGCCCUGCUGCACGGCAACACGGGCGAAUGGAUCGUGCCGCGCGCCCACAACCUCACCGCGUUGUUCACAGCCAUCGCCAACUACACCGACGGAUGGCCGAAUCGCCUAAACCUCCCAAACGUAGUGUCGUCGAUCCUCCAACGCACCCGCAACGCAACUUUGCAAGACAUUUCCGAAAUGCGUAGCGCCGGCCCCACCACCGUGGUACUCGUGGUGACUCCGACGGAUCGUCUGUCGGCCGAGGAACUGGAGACCACAAGGUCGCUGAUGAGAACUCUCAGGUCCAGCUUUUUCGACGUGUUCUUCGCCUACGCAGCUCAGGACGCAUCAGAUCUGAAAAACAUAAACAACGAAUACAUGGACUACUCGGAGCUCUUUUUAACGGUCUCGUCUACAUCCGUCGGCGACGUCGCCUCCGCCGUGGACACGCAUCUGCUCAAAAACGUGAUACCGUCGCGAAUCGUGGGCUCUCAGUGCGCUUUCAACGGUACAGAGUACGCACAAGUCCCGUACGAGGACUUCGUUCUGCCCUCCCGAGAGCAAUCGUACCGCAUCCACCCAUUUUAUCUGUGGCAGCAGGCCUCGAUCCAAGUGCAGUUUCGUAACGACGGCCAAGGUCGCAUCUUGGUGUGCAUGUGGCGCGGCGCGGAGACGUCGCGCUCCUGCCGAGCCGUGGCCGAGAGAGAGGCCUUUUCGUUCAACUUGACGCAGCCCUGCCCUUCGCCGGACUUUUGCCCCCCGGCCAAUUUUAUUGUCACCGCAUCGUCUACGCAGAACCUCUGCGCACACGUGGAAUGCCGUUUUCCGCACCAAGUGGGCUAUUACCUGCAGCAUUCAGGUUUGCGCUGUCUACCACUCUUGGGAUCAGCUGUCCGCCCGGCGCCCAUUUGGAAAGUUUUAUGGCUUUCUAUCUUGAUCUCAAGGCUUCGUCGCGACGGUCAGGUGACUGGCAUACGUGUCCGCUGGCGCCUUUUCAAACGAAUCGCAUUCUUCGAACGCGCACACACUCGCGUCUCGCUUGUGGUGGUCUACGUCGUGACGAUUGCUUCCUCGUGCGUACACGAACACGCCUCUAACUGCUCGCGUGUGCUCGAGCUGCCCGUGUGCGAGUGGAGGUCAUGUUACGAUUGA